AUGAGUCGCUGGGAGAGGUCACCGCCUCCCGCUGUGCCGGCCCCGGCCCCGACCCCGACCCCGGCCCCGGCCCCGGCCCCGGUCGCCGCGACCAGGCCCGCGGUUGCCACAGCAAGCCCGGCAGCCCCGGCCGACGCGCCUCGUCAGCCGCAGAUCACCCUGCGAAAUGCCAGCUCCGGCGCGCGCGACCGGCCAGCCACCCGCUUCGAUCCGUUUGCCGAGCUGGACCUCUCGCCGGCGGACCUGCGCCGCGGGGCUCUGCCACUGUCGGCCCCCGGUCUGCGUGGCUGCCGGCGCGUGGCCGCUGCCUAUACCGACCUGCAGGAGUUCGACGAGGGCGCCUACGGGGUGGUCUACCGGGCCAAGUGCCGCAAGACCGGCGAAACCGUGGCCCUCAAACGCCUGAAGCCGGAGCACGACCGAAUCGGCUUCUCGAUCACCACCCUGCGCGAGGUGUCCAUGCUCCUGACGGCACACCAUCCACAUGUCAUCCGGGUGCUGGAGAUCGUGGUCGGGUCUCCCCGAUGCCCGGACGACUUCUACAUCGCCAUGGAGUAUGCCUCGUACGGGGAGCUGAAGCAGUUCCUGAAAAACUUCCCGCGUCUCCUGCGGCCAAACGAGGUGAAGAUGCUGAUGCAGCAGCUGCUAUCCGCGGUUGACCAUCUCCACGACAAGUGGAUCAUCCACCGGGACCUUAAGCCGUCCAACCUGUUCCUCGACGCCCGGGGGCAUCUGAAGGUCGGGGAUUUCGGCCUGGCCCGGGCCUUCGGCAGCCCGGUCAAGGAAAUGUCCCCCAACGUGGUGACCUUGUGGUAUCGGGCGGCCGAGCUGCUUCUCGGGUCCCGGGUUUACACCACCGCCAUCGACAUGUGGUCCGUCGGGUGCAUCUUCUACGAGAUCAUGGCACGGAAGCCGCUCUUCCCGGCCCCCGGGGAAUUUGCCAUGGUGUCGGCCAUUUUCGACCUGCUCGGCACUCCGAACGAGGUCAUCUGGCCGGGGGUCAGCUCGCUGCCCUUCUGCAAGCAGUUUACCCUGCGCCAGCAGCCAUACAACCACCUUCGGAAUAAGCUACUCCAGUUGAAUGAGAAGGGCGGCCCCGGCGGGGGAAGUACCCCGGCAGCCGGUGGCUUGGGCAGCUUCCUCUUCGGGGUCACCCCCCUGGUCACCGAGGAGACCAUUGCCCUGCUGUCGGCCCUGUUGACCUAUGACCCGGCCAAGCGUCUGACCGCGCGCGAUGCCCUGAACCAUCCCUACUUCAGCGAGGACCCGCCGGCCAUUUCCCCUUCGCUCUUCCCCCGGCUUCCCUCGCACAAGACAUACGAAUCACGUCGGAGACAGCGCGAGGAGGAUGACGACUACAGCGGCGGCGCCGAGGCCCGACGCCCCCGGCGGCACGAUCCCGAUGACGAGCGCAUCCACACCGUCGAGCAACUGCGCGCCCUCGUCGAGGCCGAGGACGACUGAGCCACCGCCCUCCCGAGCGCACA